UAUCUAUAUUUUUGUUCCACAAAGUACGAAAUGUGUUGUAUCCACGCAGUGCUGUAGUAUAGGGCCAACACAUUAUCGUAGCAAUAUGGACUUUCAAGAUGUGGGCAACUUACUUUGGGCAUUAUUGGUGUCUUUGUAUUAUUGUCUUGAAGCAAUCGUGAUGUUUUUUGUUCCCACCGGCCGAAAAGUUGUUCGUGGGCAAACUGUAUUGAUAACGGGGGCUGGGAGUGGAAUCGGUCAAAGGUUAUCGGUUGAGUUCGCAAAGUUGGGUUGCACGAUUGUGGGCGUUGAUAUUUCAAUCGUUGGUUUGGGUGAGACAAAGAAAAAGUUGGAGGAUUUGAACAUGAAAGUGAAAUAUCAUUGCUACAAAUGUGACCUGAGUGAUAGGGAACAGAUAUAUGAUGUUGCAGAUAAGGUAAAGUCCGAUGUUGGCGACGUCGACAUCCUGAUCAACAAUGCUGGUAUUGUUACCGGGAAGAGGUUGAUGGAUUGUCCCGAUAAACUUAUGAUCAAAACCAUGGAUGUUAAUGCGGUGGCUCAUUUCUGGACAAUCAAGGCGUUCCUUCCUUCAAUGUUGGAGAAGAAUUGUGGUCACAUCGUAACAAUCGCUAGUGGAGCUGGUGUGUUUGGGUUGCCUGCGUUGCUCGACUAUUGUGCUAGUAAGUUUGCAGCAGUUGGAUUGUCUGAAGCUUUGGAUCUUGAGUUGUGGCAACAAAGAAAAGAUGGAAUUCACGUGACCGUGGUUUGCCCCUAUUACAUCGAUACUGGAAUGUUUAAAGGGGUUUCUACUCCAAUUCUCCCGAUAUUGAAACCUGAAUAUGCUGUGAAUCGAAUGGUUGAUGCGAUAUUGAAAAACAAACGAAUGUUGUUGCUUCCAGGAUUCUCAUACGUCAUGUAUGCUUUAAAAGGUUUCCUUCCAUCUAAAGCUAUGUAUGUGAUGGGUGAAGCUUGUGGGAUAAACACAAGCAUGGAUACAUUUAUUGGGAGGAAGAAAGAGUGAUUAUGAUGUCAUAAUCCCUUCUAUGAUGUCAUUUGACAGGCGCUACAUCCAGCGUUACCUUUUCAAUCAAAUUUACGAAUUAUUAUUUUUAAUUUUUAUAAUCAUGGUUUGUAACAAAAUCAUUAAUAAUUAAUUUAUGAAAUUCAUGAAAAGUAAAUUCAUUAUAUUUCCAACUAAAUCAAUAAAAUUGACAAUAUCUAUGCUACAUCUUCCUGUAAUACAACAUGUGUUAUCAUA